UGCACAAGGAGAACGCGCGCAUGCUCCGCCGUACUUAUUGACCUCCGCGGAAGCCAUGCCCUGUCCUCGGAUCUUAAAGGGCUAGAAGCAGCUUCGGUUCCUUGCACUUUUGCUGGGAAGGGGUGCGCAGGCGCAGUGAGGAGUUCUCCAGUUGGAGUAGUCGUCGCGUAUUAAGUUGCUGCUGUCUGUCCCAGCAGAGGAAGCUAGAGUGCUGAGCGUCCGACCACCAAUUUGCACCUCACUAGAUCCACUGGACCAGAAAAGUUUGUGAAUAGGGGUUCCCGAGUUUUGGGAUACCCAGGCUUGCAGCGUAGGGGGACGGAGGAGGCUGGAGGGAGGUGAGUGGACCUCCUGUGUCGUAUCGUUUAUAGAGCCCUAAGUCAUUUUGGAGGACCCCGACCCAAAUAACCACAGAGGGACACUGCUCCCCAUAUGGAGCCCACUCAGCUUGCAGAGAACCUCAUCCCAAACCAGCAAUCCCCUGCUCCUGAACUUGAGGAUCCUGAGGACCCCAGAGACGAAUCCCCAGACAGCUCAGAUACUGUGGUCCUCAGUCUGUUCCCCUGCACCCCAGAGGCUGUGAAUCCUGAAGCAGAUGCCAGUGGAUCCUCAUUACAUGGCAGCUUCUUGAAGCACUCAACAACCCUCACGAACCGGCAGCGUGGGAAUGAGGUCUCGGCGCUGCCAGCCACCCUGGAUUCUCUGUCCAUCCACCAGCUUGCAGCCCAAGGGGAGCUGAGCCAACUGAAGGACCAUCUGCGGAAAGGUGACAACCUGAUCAACAAACCAGAUGAACGUGGCUUCACCCCCCUCAUCUGGGCUUCAGCCUUUGGAGAAAUUGAGACAGUUCGCUUCCUGCUAGACUGGGGUGCUGACCCUCACAUCCUGGCCAAGGAGAGGGAGAGCGCCCUGUCGCUUGCCAGCAUGGGCGGUUACACCGACAUCGUGAGGUUGUUGCUUGAACGUGACGUGGACAUCAACAUCUAUGACUGGAACGGGGGGACACCACUACUUUACGCUGUGCGUGGGAACCAUGUGAAGUGUGUGGAGGCCUUACUGGCCCGGGGCGCUGACCUCACCACAGAGGCCGACUCUGGCUACACCCCAAUGGACCUCGCAGUGGCCCUGGGAUACCGCAAAGUGCAACAGGUGAUGGAGAGCCACAUCCUCAAACUGUUCCAGAGUACCCUCGGGCCUGCUGAUCCCGAGUGAAGACGGCCUGUUGGGAACCCAGGCACUCAGGGAACAAACCAGUCUGCCCACAACUGGCUUGAGGCAGCUCCUGGACAGUGGUGGGAAGGGGCCUUCCCCAACAAGAACCAAUAAAUCUGUGGAGAUCUUGAA